UUCCACGACUAAUGAAACGAGAAUUUAUCGACGAGGAUUCGAUGCUUCUCAGAAAAACAACCUUUCCCAAUCACACAUACGCUGGCUCAAUCACAGGUGCAGUUUACUGAUACAGCCCGUCCCUCGCUGUUUGUGUGAUGGUACAGUCGCGUCUAGAGAUCGUGACGAUAGAAGCCAGCCGGGGGAGCGUGAGAGCUCGGAAACGCACCGAGCGUUAUUAUGGCAAACUGUGAGCUUGGAGACGCGCGCUGUUUCCCCCGUCUACCCAGUGUCUGGGAUGAUUCGAGUCUUAAGCAAAGUCGUCUUUUACUUUAUAUCUAAUUUUUAAGGCUAAGUACUGUGAAGGGGUCGAAACAGUAGCGUAUUGGCUAUUUAUCAUCGUUUUUCGCUCUGAUAGUUCAACGAAGAUUAAAAUGGUCAUCAAGGUCUACGUUGCCUCCUCAACCGGAUCUGUAGUGGUGAAGAAGCACCAGCAGGACGUGGUCAGUUUCCUGGAAGCAAAUCGCCUGAGUUUCCAGGAAGUAGACAUCACCAUGGGGGAGGAGGAGAGGCUGUGGAUGUGCCGCAACAUCCCCCAGGACAAGCACCCAGAGGUGGGCAAGCCGCUGACGCCGAAGAUCUUCAAUGGAGAUCGCUACUGUGGGGACUAUGAAGACUUCUUCCAGUCCAAGGAGAACAACGGCGUAUUUGCCUUCCUGGGUUGCUCUAGUUCCCAAGCCUUAGAGAAAGAUUCAGAGUCCUAGAGUGCGCUCCCACGACAGCAGCAGUGCGUGCCUCUGCUGUCGGUGAAGAAGAGGAGGUAGCCGAGGGUUUGCCACCGCUCCCUGUCCCACAUCACUUCCUCCUCCCAGAUCAACUCUACUGCGAGGGCCAAUCGCUUUGUGAGAACAUCGGCUGUUGGCCAAGUGAUACAUACACACAUUUGCCCGGACAGACAGCCCCCCCCUUGCCCUACUAGAAGUUUGUUUGUGGGUGCUCAGAAACCCUUCCAGGAACCGCUGUCCCACCACUGCAAGGAGGAACUAUUGUACAUGUGGACAACCGUUCUGCACUCACGUUUUGUUGUUUUGCUUAACAACACCAACUGGCAUGCAACAUUGGUGCGUAAGAUAGAAUAUCGUUAUAAAGCUAUUUGCUAAGCUUAAUGUUGUGCAAUGGCCUUGAGAUCAAGGGCAUGAUUGCUUUCUGUGUUGGUCGUGCGUGUGUGUUUCUGUGUGCAUGUGGACAGUGAGUAAGUCCUUCGAAAAAGCUCUGUGUUGUUGUCAACAUUCAAGAUGUGGUUCAUGAGGUUACGACGUUGUGUGCGUAGCAUCAGCAGAGGAGAUGACUGUCGAUGCAAUUAAAAAUCACAGCUUAUUAUUUUCAACAAAGUUGGCGGGAACAAUGCUAUACACUUGUCAGUCAAAACGAUUUUAAUUCAUUAAUAUUUUAUAGAGAGUUAAUCAAUUAAUGAAUCAAACUUACAAUGUUUCUUAAUUGAACUCUGUAAAACGCACUCUGUGCAAUUUCAGUUCUUUUUUAACCGAGUGUGUUCACGCCAUUGGUGUGUUCCCGUUUGUCUCUCAACCCCUUGCGCUCCUAUGCCCUUUAUACUCGUUCCCACCCUUAGGUUCUGCCUGCCUAUUAAAUUAUCAAGGGUAGACGGUCAGAUGAGUGCUAAGGUUUACACAAAGGCCUGCACAUGCUCAGUGUUGUGAGCGCCAUCUUGUGAUUGCACUGCCAAAAUGGCCAACCAUGGCACUCCCAUUUAGGUUAUUCCUAUUAAUUGAAUAUGUAAUUUUGUAUAAUAACUAAUUGCUAAUUUAUAUUAAGUAUCCAGUAAGUGCUGGGUAGUAUUAUGUAAAAGUGCAAAGUGGUUAGAUGUCUGAUUGUGGUCGUCUGUUUGAAUUAAACUAUGCCUUGAAUCAUUUAUGUGUCCUUAGUAGUAUCUCAUGGCAAUAUUGAUGGAUUUGUAAACAGUCUCAUACAUUGUCCUAAUAUAAGUACUAUUGGUUCAGGACAGUUUGACUAAGGACAGUUUGACAAAGGAUACAUGAGUAAGAAGAAGGUAAAUUAGGAAAUAUAUAUCAUAUGCUUUUCAGUGUCAUUAACCUUAGUGUUCUGUGAGACUACUUGAGGCUCUGCAUAGUCUCCCCCCUUAUCCCUUACUCUCCUAAAAACACACCGCUUAUGCACUUAUUGUAUGUUGAAUGUCCUGACAAUUAAAAAUAUUACUCAUGUAG